AUGCCAAAAAAUUCAGAAACAAUAACCACCAAAGAAUGUCAUGAUUGUGGACAAAGUGGUCCUGAAUGGUGUUCAAUCAAUCAUGGUGUACUUCUAUGUGAUGAAUGUUGUAGUGUACAUUUAAGUCUUGGUCGACAUAUAUCACAAAUAAAAUCUUUUAAACGAAGUUAUUGGCCACCAAAUCAAUUAAAUUUAAUACAUGAAUUAAGUUCUAAUGGUGCUAAUCUUGUUUGGGAAUAUGGUCUACUUGAUCCACAAAAUAAAGUACCAAGAAAAAAGCCAUCAGCUAAAGAUGCAUUACCAAUAAAAGCAGAUUUUAUUCGAACAAAAUAUCAACAAAUGGCUUAUAUAAAUCGAUUAAAAGAUGAAACAAAUGGAACAUUUGAAGAUUUACAUUUACAAUUACAUUCAAUUGCUCGAACAGAUAAUGUUGUUACAUGUUUAAGAUUUCUAUCACAAGGUGCUGAUCCAAAUUUUAAAAAUCCAGAAACAGGUACAUCAUCUGUACAUGUUGCUGCAAGUCGUGGUCAACAAAAUCAAAUUGAACUUCUUUGUAUAUUUGGUGGUGAUCCAGCAGCAGUUGAUAGUUCUGGAAUGUCACCAGAAGAACACGCAAGAAUUAAUGGUUAUUUUGAUUUAGCUGAUCGAUUAAUUGAACUUCAAUAUGAAUUAACUGAUCGUCUUACUUAUUUUAUUGGUAGUAAACGACCUGAUCAUAAAACAGGACAACAUAUUAUACUUCCUGAACUUAAUGAAAAUCUUGAUAUAUCUGAUCAAGCACUUCUUGCUCGUAAAAAACUUCAACAAUUACCUGAUCAACUUUUUGAAGAUCUUGCUAUGGAUGUAUUUGAUGAAGUUGAACGACGAGAAUUGAAUACAAUUUGGCAUGCACAAGUUGAUAAAGCAUUAAUACCUUUACAUGUUGUACCAUUUCUACCUGUUAAUCCUGCAUUUUCAGCAACACGAAAUCAGGGUCGUCAAAAAUUAGCACGUUAUGGUCCAAAAGAAUUUACUACUUUUAUAUAUGAUAUAUUAAAUGAAGUUCGUCGUCGAUAUUAUGGUAUUAUUCCACAAUCACCUGUAUCAACAUCGAAAUUUCAUACAUUACCACGACAAAAUAAUCAAAUGAAUAUGUCAAAUACAAAUGCUUCUGUAUCAACACAAGAUAUAUUAAAUGUGAAUGGUCCAUCAUCAAUAUCAACAACAACUGCAUUAAUAAAUGCAUUUAUUGAUAGUGAUGAUGAACCACUUUAUGAUAAAGUUGCAUCUGAUGAAGAUUAUAGUAUUUUACCUAAUAAUGAACAACAAAAACGUAGUAAAAUAAAUAAGAAAAUAAAAAAACCAUCAACAAUUGAUUCUUCAAAAGAAUAUUUAGAUGGUAUAUUACAAUCACCAACUGAAAGUUUAAAUUUAUCAGAAAUUUCAAAUGAAGAUCCAACACGAAAUCAACGUUCAUAUGAUUUAAAAUCACGUGUUGCUAAUACAGAACUUCAACUUAAAUAUUUAGCUUGUGCUCAUAUUGAUUUAAAAAAUGAAUUAGCUGUUUUACAUCAAAUGAUUCAACGAUUACUUGAUGAAAAUCUUUUAACUAAAGUUGAUCAACAAGUAUCAAAUGAUAUAACAACAAAUCAAAAUAAUAUAUCAUCUUCACAAAUGCAAAAUAAUACAACGAAUUUAAUUAAUAAUGAUGAUAUAAAUAGAGUUAUUAAUAAAUCAACUCAACAAUUAUUUGAUAAUCAUAGUCGAAAAUCAAGUCCAAUUGUUGAAAGUGAUUAUGAUAAUACAACAGUUAUAGAAGAUCCUGAAAAUCCAUCAUUAAAUUCAACUCGACGAAUAGCACAUAGUCAUGACAAACGAUCUAGUCGUAGUAUGCAAAGAUUUCCACAAGUAGAAGAAAAUUCAACAAAUAUUUUAAAUAAUUCUCGUUCAUUUCGUUCAACUGAUUAUAUAAAUUCCAAUAAUGAAAUAUCAAUAAUAAAAUCUUCAACAAAUCAAUCAUCACAAAUUCAAACAUCAAUUAUUCCAAUAAGUAAUGGUCGUGCUCGAUCAUGUUCAGGUGGACGAAAUAAAGCAAUGUCACCUCCAAUUUUAUCACGAAAAGGUUCAUGUGGACAAGCCGAACCUACUGGUGAUAUUGAUAAACGAACACGUAAAAUAACUCAUCGUAUUGCAGAAUUAUUUAGUUUAAUAAAAGAAAAUCAAUCGGAUCGAUAUAUUACAUGUGCCGAACGAAUUAAUAAUUCAGUUCAAGAUAUGAUUCGUCUAUUUGAUAGAAUUUCAUUAAAUGAUGAAAUGCGAACAAAUCUAGACAUGUUAAAUACAGGUGCUCAACAACUUCUAGCUCAUGCAACAUUAAAAGAAAAAACUUCAACAACAACAACAACAAAUACUAAUCGUACGGAACAUAUUCAAUAUAUUAUUGAUGAUUGUUAUAAUAUUGCACUUGCAACGAAAAGUCUUGUUGGACUUUAUCAAAAAUUAUAG